AUGGACGGGGAGAUCGAGAGCUGGGUGCGAGGGUGCCAGGCCUGCCAGGAGUCGCGGCCCGAUCCACCCAGCGCCCCCGCAACACGGUGGGAGUCCUCCAGGAAGCCGUGGUCGAGACUCCACCUUGAUUUCGCGGGGCCAUUCCAGGGACAGAUCUUCCUGAUAAUUGUGGAUGCCUACACUAAAUGGCUGGAGGUUUUUCCCGUAGCGUCCACAUCCUCAGCCUCCGCCAUCCGGGCACUGCGCAGGGCGUUAUGCACCCACGGCAUUCCAGACACCAUCGUCUCGGACAACGGGGCGGCCUUUACCUCGAGGGAAUUCCAGGCGUUUCUCCAGAGGUACCUAAUCAAACACAUACGGUCCGCCCCGUUCCAUCCGGCCACCAACGGCCAGGCCGAGCGCAUGGUGCGCACAACAAAGGAAGCCUUAAGCCGGAUCGUACAGGGGGAUUGGGAACACCGACUAGCGGCCUUCCUAUUCGACAACUGGGUGAUCCCCAACCCCGUCACCGGGGUGAGCCCCGCAGAACUCCUUAUGGGGCGCAAGCUCAUUACCCGACUCGACAGGCUGCACCCGGACAGGGCUUCAGACAUUCGCGGGGACCCCAAAGUCAGGGACGCGGCCCGGGGGUUCUUUGCAGGCGAUCCGGUAUACACCCGGAACUAUGCUCGAGGCCCCGAGUGGGUGGCGGGAUGA